GAUGCAGCUUGUCGAGUUGUGUGCGUUUGGAGUAGCAUGUGUCAAAAAAUGGCAAAUCAGAUUGCGUAGCAAAAGCGUCCCGAUAGUUUUAAUUUCGAUCUCGAAUAUCUUAAUUCCUGCUUUGGAUUUGCAACUUUUGCAUUAACCUGAAAGUAAACCACUGCAUACAGCAAUUGAAUUCUAAUGGCAGACAGCGCUGGAGAAUGGUGCUUGAUAGAGAGUGAUCCCGGUGUAUUCACAGAACUUAUCAAAGAGUUCGGGGUCGACGGUGUGCAAGUUGAAGAACUGUGGAGUUUGGACGAGGACAGUUUUAAAGAUCUUGAACCCGUACAUGGGCUGGUGUUUCUAUUCAAAUGGGUAAAGGACGAUGAACCGGCCGGGUCCAUCGUUCAAGACAGCCGGCUGGAGAAAAUCUUUUUCGCCAAGCAAGUCAUAAACAAUGCUUGCGCUACUCAGGCCAUUCUAAGCAUUUUGCUGAACGCAACCCAUACGGACAUUAGUCUAGGUACUACGCUGACAGAUUUUAAGGAGUUUGCCUGUACCUUUGAUGCGUAUAAUAAGGGUCUUGCGCUGAGUAAUGCCAGCCAGAUCCGGACCGUGCAUAACUCUUUCGCUCGGCAAACUCUGUUCGAGCUGGACAACAAGAGCUCUGGCAAGGAGGAUGUGUUCCAUUUCGUCGGGUACGUCCCAGUAGACGGCCGGUUGUACGAGCUGGAUGGUCUGAAGGAGGGUCCUAUCGAUCACGGUGCUGUCGGUCCCGGACAGGACUGGCUGAAGGUGGUGCGGCCUAUUAUAGAGAAGCGCAUGCUUAAGUAUAGCAAAGGGGAGAUCCACUUCAACCUGAUGGCAAUCGUCUCCGAUCGGCAACUCAUUUAUCAGCGACAGAUCGAUCAGCUGUUGAAUGCGGAUGAAGGUGAGAUGGAAACAGACGCGAAGCAGGAUAAGAUCAACCAUCUGAAAAUGCUGAUCGACGACGAAGCAGCUAAACGUAAGCAAUAUAAAACGGAGAACAUUCGCCGUAAGCAUAACUAUCUGCCAUUCAUCGUGGAGUUGCUCAAGGCAUUAGCUGAAAAUGGACAGCUGAUGCCGCUGUAUGAAAAGGCGAAACAACGUGCCCUAGAGCGGGAGGCCGCCAAAUCGAAGCAAUCAUAAAAUGAUUCCUUCAUGCAUGCAUUUUCAUUUCGUAAUAAACUUUUUCUACACCGGUUGUUAUACAG